AAGAAAACUUUGAUUGUCAUAAAAAUAAUUGUUUAGCUUUAGUUUUAUCGAAUUAAUACUUUAAUUGUACGACGCUCAGUGAAAAUCAGCAGUUAAUUAAUUUGUUUCUUGACUACUACUGUAUACUCGUAAACUUGUAAGAGCUACAUAGAAAUCAGGUACUUCAAAUGUAACAAAAAUUUACAUUGAUAGCAAAUAUUAAAGAAUUUUGAAGAAUAUAAUCCUGUUUUUGCUACUUCUACUCCGAUCUGACAAUAGUGAUAAAGAAAAAUCAACAGCAAACACAAUUAUUGUCAUCUCUUACGGUAAUGAUUUGACAGAUAUGAAUAAACAUGGCAUAGUUUUUAAAGGAGGUUGUUAAAAAUAUCAAACAAAGAUGCUGUACGUAUUUCAUGUGGAUGCUGGUCAGAUGACCACCUAUGAUAUGAACCUGACCUUACAGAGUGUGGCCAGCUUAAAAGCUGCCAUAGAGAGGAAAACAAAAAUUCCAGCAUCUUCUCUUGUACUUCUUGUAAGUGGAGGAGAGGUGUUGCAGUCAGAUCAUAUGGUGUCUUCAUAUAGUGCUGGCACUGACACUAACCCAAUAUACAUGUUUAGCAAACCAUCAGUCAAAGAAAACCACUUAAAUAAACAAUCAAUGUGUGACCUGAGUCCAAUAAUGGAACUGGAGAGUACGGGUGAGUUCAGAAGUGACACCCGUAGUGCUUUUGAAGGCAAAUCUGUAGCUGAACUUAAAAGCUCUGUUGAAAAGUGCUAUUCCUCACAGCCAAAUGUGCAUACUGUGAUAUCCUGUGCAACCUUAGCAGAACAAUUUAGUGACCUGGCGCAUGAAGUGUCCAAGAGUUGUGAUCAACUUGUACAUGAACAGCAUUUACAGCAUCAGGGUUGGGCAGCAGUUGUGGCAAAUUUAGAGGAUAUAUAUAGCGAGUACUGCGAGAGAUCAACAAGUUUUAAGGAAUCAUUCAAGAAGCAACGACAAAAAAAGGAAGAUUAUCACGAAAAAUUAAAUACAUUAAAUGACGUGUUAAGAUCUUUGGGUAAGAUACAAAUACUCCCUGUUCUUCAGUUAAAUGCUGAAGCGCAUAGAUUUUCUGGCUUCGAUGUGUUUGAGGAGACAGAGUUUGAAGGCCACCAUUAUAAAUACAACCAGCCUUUGGAUAGCAGCUCGGAGAACAGAGCUGCGGAUUUUGGAACAGGAGUGUUCAAAUUGUCGGAGGAAGAUGUGUUUGAACAAAGACAUGCUUCAACCAGCAAUGAAGGAGCGUCAUCAUCAGAAGCAGGUCAACCAGUUGAGGUGCCUGAGGACGCGGAGUCGUUUAAAGUGGCUUCCUGUGAGAGUAAGAAAGAGUUCACGUUGCUGCACUGGAUCCUGGCUCAAGGGAAUGAGGACUCUUUGCAAGAUAUCCUCGAUUAUUGCCAGAAGGGAUUGGCCUUAAUCGAUUCAGAGCCCUUAAAAGAACGCGAAGAAGAACUUUAUCACAUAUUGGAAUAUGCGAACGUGCAUGGUCUUAAACAGAUUAAAGGCAUUGAAGACCGCUUAUAUGGGCUCGAUCAGCUGAAGAGUGAAGUCAAAAGAAUCGAGCGUGAUCAACACAAACAAGCGGCUUCUCUUAUACAGUAUCGCGACCGACUGACCUCAGCAUGCGAUCCGUCUGUCUUACCCACGCUAAUGGAGUCGCAUCGGUGUCAACUGGACAAACUAUUGGAAGGCCAUCAACUCUUGGUUGACAUCAGACGACGCAUCGCUAAGUCUAAGGACGAACUAUCGCACAUAUUGAAGGCUAGACUUGAGGCGGUGCUGUUGAUCGAGAACUCGAUGUCGGUGCAGGACGCGCACGCGAUGUUGUCGUUCCAGUGCUUCAACCGGCUGGCGCGGUACUUCGGUAUCGUUUCGCAGUUGCACCGCGCGCCCGCAGUGUUCGUGCGAGCGGUGCACGAAGUUGUGCGACGGCGUACCUUCUCGCAGGCACAUCUUAAGUGGGCAACAGACUUGGCACAAAAACUUAUUAUAAUACACGAGGAAGAAGUUACUCGCCGCCAAGAAUUCAAUUCACAUUUUGAUGACCACUUUCUCAAGAGCUUAUUCCCCGGCAUGACGGACCUCCCACCCCCCUUCGCGACGCAGGCGCCGCCAGCUUUCGACGUCAAACUACCAAAACUCACAAAUGAAGAUGUAGAAUUUAUAUCAAAUGCUUUUCCGGAUCUUGCAAGCGAAAUACUUAAAUACGACAUGGAAGCGACUGUCAAAUUCUUUCAACAAAGGCUAAGUUCUUCAGAUCACGAGGAAAAAGAUGCAGAUGUUCAGGUUGAUUUCGAGAAGGACUUUGAAUCAGAAACAGAAACUGAUUUCGAGAAGCUAAGCAGACAGAGCGGUUCCCAAAAGGCUAAAAUGGAUAUUUCGAUUAGUUGUGUUCCCUCGACCAUGGCAGUAUCCACAGUCACUGAGGAUAACAUGGAUACAUACCAAGUGAACAUCGAAAAAUUGCAAGACUUUUUGGGGAAAGUAUAUAGUUUGUGCAAAAUAAAUAUAGUUUUAAUUAAAGAAGAGCUUGUAAAACUUAAGGGCGAAAUAGAUGAGCAAAAGAAGUUUGUACAUACGAAAUAUAUAGAAAUCACUAAGGCUUGGGAAAAGAAUUGUGCAGAAACUGAAUUGAGGUUUCGCGAGCAAACGCAAAGAUUAACAGUGGAUCAUGAAUUAGAAUUAAGUGACAUGAAGGCAUCAUUAAAUGAUAAAGAUGAGUCAAUAAGUAUAUUAAAGAAAGACAAAGAAGAAUUAGUAUUAGCUCAUAAAAAUGAAAUAGAAAAAUUAGACGUUGAUCAUCAAAUGACAAAAGAUUUGCUCGAAAAAACACGCGAAGAAUUAAAGGCUUUUGAUAAAAAACUUAAAGAAUUUGAAGUUCAGAAGCAAAAAGAAUUUAAAGAAAUACAAGAAAAAAUGCAUCUCGAGUACAAAGCAGAAAUAGAAUCACUAAGAUCUAGGUUCCGAUUAGUAGCUUUAACAAACAAUAUGGACCGGUCUCCAUCGGAGUCUAGUCUAGAGAAAAUAGAAAGAACAGAUGUGAUAGAGAUAAGCAAUCACAACGCUAUCGUGAUGCAGACGAAGGAAAACGCAGAAGUGGAAAAGGAGGAAGCUGUCAAAGAGGCUACUGAUAAGUGUAAAACUGAGUGGGAACAAAAGUUAAAUGCCGAAAUAUCACUAUUAAAAGCGAAAUAUGAAGCGGAGAAACAGGUGACGAUAACGGAAGUUACACGGAGGUUAAUAUCAGAGAAGGACCGCCAGCUAGAGUUAUUGAGGGAGCGCGAACAUGCUUUGACGCGGGAGUGUAACAAAUAUCGCGAGACAAUACAACAGCUGACAGAUCCCGAAACCAACGAAUGUGACUACCUUCUCAAAACUCAGCUUGCGACACUCGAAAACGAAAAAGCAUUACUUCAGCAACAAGUUGCAGAUCUGAAGAAGGAAUUAGACAAGAAAAAUGAUGAAGCAGAUAAGAGCAGAGAAGAUGAUAGUGAAGGCAGAUCGUCACCAAAGAAGGAAGAUGGCAAGCGUUCCCGGAUACGAUGCCAUACUCCCCUAGGAUUGGCCGGCGGUACAUUGAGCUUAUCAUCGUGUCUUCCCGGGCAUACGGUACUUGUUUUAUGGGACCCAGCGCACCUCAACUAUACUGUCAUGCAGGAAGCGUCGAUAAUGUACUUCGUGCACAGUGACUGCUUGGCCGCUCUCGAUCUUAGCAUACAAGUGAAGAGCGAAAGUGAACGGCGACUCUAUGCGGUCGCUACGGUGGAGUCAAAGGAAUAUUGCUAUGCUAAGAAGAGCGGGAACCGGUAUCAGAUGCCACGCGGAUCGCGCUUCUAUCGAGUGUUUGUUAAGCCGCUAAAGCCGCAUCCACCUCACCCGCCGUGCUGCGACCAUCGUCACAAGCAGGAUGCAAUGGCGGGCAGCGUACUCUCCAUGCUCAGCAGCAAGCGACCACUCAAGAAAUGGUUGACCUACAUGCAUGCUCCAGCAGAUAUGCAAAAAUCAGUGGACACAAGUCAGUCAACGAGUUCAAAUACGGACGAAGCAAGUCGCGUGGAGGUAGCUACUGCUACUUUAAUUAAUUUGGAAUCCCCCGUAUCGACGAGUGAAGGAGCUGUGCCGGCCGUUCCGUCGGAAGACCAGCUCGAUUCCAUCGAGGCUAGUGAACAGUGGCAGACUACGAGGAUGCAAGCUUCCACGACGAGUGCUGUUACUGACAUGGAAUGCAGCGUGGGUCGGUGUCCGGGCCCGGAGCCAUUGGAGCUGACAGUGGGCGCGAGCUCGCUGGUGUCUGGUGGCGCACCCGGUCCGGAGUUAGCUGAAGAAGCGACUCCGUGACGACAACCCCCGCACCCCUCAGUACCCUGCACCACCUCGCAACAAACAGUGAGACAUGCUUCUGUUCUAUAGGGCUUCAAUGUGAAAAAGCAUACUCGGCUUCCAAAAAAAAAUCUUUUUUGUAAGCGUUAGGAACCCGGACACCACUUGCCCUUACGCCACACGACCUGCCCGCCACGUUACUUUCCCCCACCUUACCUCACGCUACUUCUCCCACGCGCCACCUGACCUUAUGCCACGCCUCUACGCUACGUACCUACCAGUAUUGAGUUUAAUCAAAUUUUAGUAUGUUUGUAAAUUUAAUUAGCUGUGUGCUAAUUAAAUUUAUAAACAAAACAAAAUAGUCUUCAUAUACAAAAACACUUUAAAAAGGCGAUGAUAUGCAUGGCUGUAAUUAUUUAGUAUGUUCUGUUUUAUGUAUAUGGGUGGUGUUGCUUUGUAUAAAAAUAUUACGAUUUAAUUUAACUCAACAACCAACGCGUUGCAUAGCGCUGGAACGGGUGGCGUGUAGUAUGUUCCCAGCCUCACUUAAUUGCCAAUUUUAAAUUGUGUUACAUUUGCUCCAAAUAUUUGCUACAAACGUUAUAAUUUACACUUUGUUAAGUGUAGGUGCGGAUAACAAGUGAUUAGUUAACACGUUAAGUGACAAAUGUUGACAAAAUUAAACCAACAUGUUCAUUACAUACUCAGUUUAUCUAUAACUUGUGAUAUGUAUUUUUAACAGGCACUUGUUUAUUAAGAAAGUGUAAAUCAGAAACGUUAACGUUUGCAUCGAGCAACGGUGGAUUCCAAGCACGGUGUUCCGAUUUUACGCCCAGAUAUUGUGUUCCCAGUCCCUUAAAAUUUGCCUCACCGUGCUCCACCAUAUACAUAUACAUCUUAGUUAACUUUCACGCGAUUUCCAAAAUAAACGAAGGUAGAAAAUAUCACACUUGACACUCGGAUGGUUUUUCUGUUAAUUAGGCAAUAUCCUAAACAAAGCUAGAUAUCGCUUUAACUCAGGAUUAUUCAAUGGCUAUGUAUCACCAUAUCGAUAUUGACAUACCACAAAGCGAUUGAGCGAUCGAUUACGAUGUCGAGUAGAUACCAAUUAGUGGUGUGGGUUUGCUAUACCCCUAACUGUUUAACCCGCUUCAAUCGUAGACCGACUCAUCCUAAUGAAAUGGAAUGGAGGAUAGCUUGUGGGGAUACCUUAAUGUAACCACAAAAAAAAACCUAUAUUUUGUUUUGUAUGACCAAGUUUAGAACAACUUUUUUACAGAGAAGUUGUAUGUAAUAUUACAACGAAUUGCCAAUAUUUUGUAUCGAGAUGCGGCUGGAUAGUGUUACCUACCUUCAUCUUAUUACAUAGCGUGAACUAUAUUAUACGUUUUAUACACAAAACAUGUUCAUUAGUCGUCAUAAAUUACGCUUCGAAUCACAACAAUUAUUAAUGAAAUCCAAUCGUUUUCAACGUAAGAAAUAAAUCGUGGUUAUCGAAAAUAAUCCCAAUUUAUACAAGAAGUGCCUCAGGGAGAUUUCGACAGUCGCUAAAUAAUCAUGCUGAUAGCUAUAAUAACACAGUUAGCAGUAUUAUUUUCUUGUGACAGUUCAUUUGACUUGAUGUAAUAAAAAUAAGGAUUACAAUUCAAUAACAAAACAUCAAAAAUAUUAGUACUGCUCUAAGCGAUGUUAGUAACUUAUAUAAUGAUAUUCAAGGUCAUUUGGAAAGGGGACACUAGGAAACACUACUCAUAAAAGUAUGACUCGAUCCAGAGAACUGAUUUUAUUAAUUCAAAUAACAAAUAUUUUCUUUUGUCUAUUAAAGGAACCUUAAAAAAAAU